GUCCAGUUUGCCGACUGCAUUCAUUCCCUCCCUCCCCUCUCACUCCCCAUCCCUCAUAACCUGCCCAUCCUCCUUGCCCACAGCGGAGAUGCGGAGAGGCAAGGGUUUGUCACGGCAACCACAAGAAGCACCGCAAGCCGUCUAAAUUCCAUUGGCCCCGGCAGCCUGCCCGACAUUCUUCAACAAUCCGCCGCCACCACCAUUGCCUGUUGCGGAGUCCCUGAACCCAUCAAGAGCCCGCCAGUCCUCGCCACCAACUCUGUCGGAGGCCACUCCACAGUCCUCCCCUAACUAAAUCAUCUUCUCAUCUGUACCGCCUACGUUCUCGAUCCGAACAACCUCUAGCCUCGCAGCCAUGCUCCACCUCAACGCCUCGGUUUCGGCUUCGGCUUCGACUCUGACCUUCCAAACCCCGCCACAGUUCCACCUCAGCACUCUUGCCGAACUCGACCUGACCGCCGAGCUGCGCCAACCGACCGACCUCGAUAACCUACGCUUGAUGCGCGUUGGGGACCCUCUCGACAGGUUUCGGUCAAUCCAGCGGGCUGUCGUCGAUGGGGCCCUCUUUGUCUCACAUUGUUGGUCGAAAUUGCUAGAUUUGCGGACCGGCCUGUUCGCCUGGUGCUCCCAAGGGCAUGGAUCUGGAACAUGUGAAGCAUCAGCAAUACGACGGGGGUAUGGUUCGGGUGCGGCGGGAGCCUCGGCAUCCAUCACGGACGGCAAGCGCGUCAUUUCCGUGAUGGUGGACGGAGGCUUCUGGCACAACGGACUGACAUCUGGCAUCGGCAAGGCUGUCUUCAAUCAAGACGAUUUGGUCACCUUGAUCGUUAACAACGGCUAUUCGGCCGCUACGGGAGGCCAUGAUUAUCCUCUCGUCGCUUGCCGACAAUCGCUUCCGCAGCACAAGGAAUUCGACUGA